GCAAUCGGAUGCAGUUCAGUUCAGUAAGGGCAACGGGUGAGGAACAGCUGCACUGGCGACAACGAACAACGUGCGAUUGAGAGAAGAGAAGAGGAAGAGGGAGUGGAAGGAGCCGUCGGUAUUAAAGGAAAGUUGCCCAUUGGGCGCCGGGCGCACCUUUUUCCAGUGCUCUGCUGCUACCGAGCUGUGGAGGGCGCACACUCUGGGUCGUACGAUGCUGUGCGUACUCUAAGCCAAACGGAGUCAUGGCUACGCUGGAUCAGGGAUGGUCCCCCCUGUUGGACCCCAGGGAGCAAACGGAGAAGUUGAUUCGCCAAAGAAUUUCCUGGGCUUCCUUUUUCUUUUCCUUUUGUAUUUAAAAGUGAUCGACGCUUUAUUUGUAUCCGAUCCCAUACCGAAAACUCUACAGCGAUCGGUGCUCCUUUUGGCUAUUAAAGUUCCCCCUCUCUCCUUCUCAAGGACAAAUGUACCAAACAAGCACAGCAAUAUUCUGUGUUCUUCCGACCUACACCGUACAUACAUCCCCAAGCGCGCUCUGGCAGAUUCCAUUUGCGCUGGAAUCCAUCUUCUUCCUCGUCCUAUUUGUUCUUUGCAACGCUGCAGGGCCAUACGCGCCGUGGGGAUGACAAACACACUGCGCAUUCUACACUGUAUGCGCCAUCUGCACUAUACAAAAGAUCUUUAUCCAAACUACAUGUACACCACAAACGAUCUAAAAAAAAAGGUGCGCACCCGUGCAAUCGUAUCACUGUUAUGGAACAAAGUAAAAGCAUCCUUUGCUCCAACCGCUACAUCGACUUUGACCCCUUCAGUCCCCCAAAUGCAUCAUUCGACAUGAACCCCAACUCUGCGCCCUACAUACCCUCAUGCUUCUGUAGCUCUCUCAGGGUCUUCUCCUCCUCUAUCCGGUCCCUCUCAUACUGGUCCUGGUCCACUCACUUCUGCGUCUUUCCGCCUAUAAACAGCCCCACUAUCGACACUAUCGACACUAUCGCCAUAACCACCCCCGCUAGCAUCACACGCAACUAUAGCAAUCCCACUCUCUGACACACCAUCGAACCAAGCAAAGGUCCUGCAACCAUACCGAUCG